GCUUGUGACCGUAAUUCUACUUCGUCGCGCGUGCUAGUUAUUUUAAAGUGGAGCGCGGGAAGCGCAGAUCUUGAAACAGAAUUCCGUCACGGUCUUCUAAAAGUGUUUUGAAAUUCUGACCCACUUUAUCCUUUUUCUGUUACUCCUGCAGUUGGGGUUUCGCUUGUCUGUAAAAUGGACGAGACCGUUAGUGGAUUUAAGACUCCGUGCAAAGUGAUGAAGCGCCCAUCUUCAUGUGUCAGUACUCCGUCUCCAUCAUUCAUGAUUCCAGCUUCACCUCUAAUGAAGAAAUUUGGGUAUGGCACAGGGGUCAGUGUGUACCUUAUGAAAAGAUCUCCAAAAGGCUCUUCACAUUCCCCUUGGGCUGUAAAGAAGAUUAAUAAGGGUUGUGACAAGUUUAGUAAAAACAUUUAUGAGAAAAGGCUGAAUGAUGAAGCAAACAUUUUGAAAAAUUUACAACAUCCCAAUAUUGUAGGUUAUCGUGCUUUUACCAAAUCAAAGGAUGGUAAUAUGUGCUUGGCAAUGGAAUUUGGUGGUGACAAGUCACUCAAUGACAUUAUAGAGGAGAAGAAUGAGAGAGGAGAAUGUCCAUUUCCAGCUUCCACAAUCUUAAAGGUUGCUCUACAUAUGGCAAGAGGCUUAAAGUACUUGCACAAUGAAAAGAAGCUGCUACAUGGUGAUAUUAAGUCAUCCAAUGUUGUUAUUAAAGGUGACUUUGAAUCCAUCAAAAUCUGUGACGUCGGUGUGUCUUUGCCUUUGGAUGAAAACAUGAUCAUGAGUGAUUCCACAGCCAAUUAUAUUGGAACUGAGCCAUGGAAACCAAAAGAAGCCUUAGAGGAUAACGGGGUCAUUACUGACAAGUCUGAUAUAUAUGCUUACGGUCUCACACUCUGGGAGAUGAUGACUUUGUCAAUACCACAUAUAAAUUUGCCACCAGAAAAUGAUGAUGAUGUAGAUUCCUUUGAUGAACAUGAUUUUGAUGAGGAUGCAUAUUAUGAAGCAUUGGGGACAAGACCUCCACUUAAUAUUGAAGAACUUGAUGAAUCCUAUCAAUUGGUUAUCGAAUUAUUUACCAUUUGCACAAGUGAAAACCCUAAGGAGAGGCCUUCUGCAAGCCAAAUUCUUGAGAUCCUGGAGGCGGAAGUUAAAAAUUAAGCAUUUCUUACACUCAAAAAAAAGAAAAAGGAAAAAAAAGCUAGUUAUUUGAAACCUUUAAUUUUCGCUACGGUGUUUUGGACAAUAGUUACAUUUAGAACACUGAAGUGCUGUAGUGAGUAAGAUGUUGCUGUGAUAGUUUAAAGCAACAAGUUGCAAUUUUAUCUUUAAUUGUUUUAAGAAAAUGUUAGAAACUGCAUCUAGAAAUUAGAAAUCCCUGUGCAUUCUUUGUAAAAUGACUUACAUUUGGUGAAAAAUGUCAAUGUUUGUUAUAUAUAUUCAGUUUAUGCACUUUCAUGUGUAGCUUCUAACACUACUUUUCUACAAUGUAGCAGAUAGGGAGCUAUUCACGUCUGCAGUUGUCCUGUGUUUUUUCCAUGUUUUAUUCAUGUUUAGUUCGUUAUUAAACCUUUUUAUAUAUAAAAAGAGGACUCAGUGAAAUUGCUUACACAAUAAAGGUAAAUUACAUGUUCUA